UUGGUGCCAUUUUUGUGGAAUAGCGAAAUAAGACCUUGUUUCUCUGUAAGCGAAGAUUGGCCAAAAUAUAAAUGUAAUCAGUGAUUGAUUUAUUAAGUGUACGCUGUGAUCGAUCGUUUCAGUUAAAGAGAAGUGAGAAACAGUUUGGAAAGAUGCGUUCAAUCCCAGCAAUGUUUGUCCUGAUUUUGGGCAUCGUCGUUCCUAGCAUGGCUGGAUAUAUCGAGGCAUUAGCAGCCAACACAGGGACCGACUUUGCAGUGGCAGAACCUCAGGUGGCCAUGUUUUGUGGAAAACUUAACAUGCAUGUCAACAUUGAGACAGGUCGGUGGGAGCCUGACCCAUCUGGAACCAAGAGCUGCAUAGGGACCAAGGAGGGUGUGCUGGAGUACUGUCAGGAGAUGUACCCUGAACUGGAAAUUACAAACGUUCUGGAGGCCAACCAACCAGUCAAGAUUGAGAACUGGUGCAAGAAAGGGAAAAAGCAGUGCAAAGGCCAUGCUCACACUGUUUUCCCCUACAAAUGUUUGGCUGGAGAAUUCAUAAGCGAUGUCCUGUUGGUUCCAGCCAAGUGUCAUUUCUUCCAUAAGGAGAUCAUGGAUAGGUGCCUCAGUCACAGGCAGUGGCAAGGCAAAGCCAAGGAGGCCUGCUCAGAGGCAAACAUGGUUCUGCACAGCUAUGGCAUGUUGCUACCCUGUGGCCUUAAUAAGUUCCAUGGUACUGAAUACGUCUGCUGCCUCUCUAAUCCUCCCAAUAAGCCUUCUCUAACGUCCAAAGCAUCUCAGGAGCAAAACAUGGAUGAGGAUGAAUUGGAGGAUGAGCAACCUGAUGGAGCAGUAGAAGAAAGUGAGACAGCAAUAGAUGAACUGCCAACUGAGAAGGAUGAUUAUGAUAUGAAUGGAGAAGAUUACCAAUAUGUGUAUGAGGAUGAAGACGACGACCAAGACAUUGAAGAGAAAAAAGUUGUGAAGGAAGAGGAUGUUGCUGUUAAAAGUCAAGACGGAGACAAGUCACUUCAGAAGGUCAAAGUUUUGCCCCUGACCCCUCAGCCUAUUGAUGAUGUGGAUGUGUACUUUGAGACACCAGCUGAUGAUAAGGAGCAUAGCCGUUUCCAGAAGGCCAAGGAGCAACUAGAGCUUAGACACCGUAACCGCAUGGAGAGGGUGAGGAAAGAAUGGGAAGAGGCCGAAAGUCAAGCCAAAAAUCUUCCAAAAGCAGAGAGACAGACCCUAAUCCAGCAUUUCCAGGCCAUGGUUGAAUCCUUGGAAGAGGAGGCAGCCAGCGAGAAGCAGCAGCUGGUAGAGACUCACUUGGCACGGGUGGAGGCCAUGCUGAAUGACCGACGUCGUUUUGCCCUGGAGAACUACCUUGCUGCCUUGCAGGCUGAUCCACCUAGGCCCCACCGUAUUCUGCAGGCUCUUAGGAGGUAUGUGCGUGCAGAGAAUAAAGACCGGCAACACACAGUUCGCCAUUAUCAGCAUGUUCUUUCAGUGGACCCUGAGAAGGCUACCCAGAUGAAAUCUCAGGUGAUGACCCACUUGCGUGUAAUUGAGGAGAGAAUGAAUCAGAGUCUGUCUCUUCUCUACAAAGUGCCCUACGUUGCAGAUGAGAUUCAGAAUGAGAUAGAUGAUCUUCUUCAGGAGCAACAGGUAGAUAUGGAUCAGUUCCUAUCCUCAAUCUCUGAGUCUCAACCGGAUGUCACAGUCUCUUCUGAAGAAAGCAUGGAAGUUCCAGUGUUUAAGGGCAAGCCCUUCCUUCCCUCUCAAGUCAACACCCUAGGCUCACAGUUUGAACCUGAUGGUGAUUUCUCUGAAUCCCAGCGUACCUUCAGGAAAGGCUCAGGGUUAAGUAUGGAUGGCAUUACUGAAGCCGAAGACAGAGUCAUCAGCAGCAAGAACAAGAUUGGUGACAAUGUGGUGAUUGAUGAGGCUGAGGAUGUUAAAGAAGUGAUUUACAGUGCUGAGAAAGUCAAUGUUUUAAAUGGGGUUGAUCCCCUGUUUAGUCCUGCAGAUAACCAAGAGACAUUUCGCCCCUUGGAGGUCUUCAGUUUUGGAACCAACACCCUUAUUGGUUUUCUUGUGAUCGCUGUGGCCAUGGCAACUGUAAUUGUAAUCAGUCUGGUGUUGCUGAGAAAGAGACAUUAUGGCUCCAUCAGCCACGGCAUUGUGGAGGUUGAUCCCAUGUUAAGUCCUGAGGAGCGCCAUCUGAAUAAGAUGCAGAACCAUGGUUAUGAGAACCCUACUUACAAAUACCUGGAACAGAUGCAGAUCUAGGACCAACAGAGGGACAAUACAGAGCUACAAAAGGCUGAACAUACUACUGAUUUAUGAUAAACUUCUCACUUUAAAUCAGUUCAGACAUCAGAAAUGUAUAUUAGGUUUAUUAAGAAACAAUCAUUUACCUUUGUUAAUGUUUCUCUUAAUGCUGUAACUUGGUAAUGCUUUUAAUCUUUUACUUAUUUAAAUUCAUUAACAGUUAAAUCAGGAAAUUGUGAUUGACCUUUUAUCAUCAAUACAAGAAUCAAUUUAACUGAAUUAUAAAGAAAUGAAUAACAAAGGAAAUACAUUGUGUUUUCUAAACAGUUACAACUUUUGAUGUAUUUUUUUCUUAAUAAUUACUUGUAUAUGAAAGUUACCUGCACCGACCUAAAUGUAUAGUGGUUCAGAAUAACAUAUGGUAGUUGAAAUGAUUUUAUUAUUUUUUUACACAUAUGAUAUAAAUGUAUGAGUGUAAAGCAGGUGUUCUUCAGUUUUUUUUUCGCUAGAGCUUUAAACUUUGUCAUUUAGAAACAAGGUGGGUUGGUCCAAAUGUCUUGUUGUCAAAGCCUGUUAAACUGGUUUGAGAAUUGGUAAAUGAUGCAAUGAUGUACUCUUUAAAAUGCCUAUUUUUAAUUGUUUUUAUCCCAUUAAUGCAACAAUGUAUGUUUUACCAAAUUACAAGUUGUCCUGCUUUUAAUUAUGGAUAUUGGUUGAAUUCAGGCAGGGAGCUGAGGUCAGAGACCUCCAGUCUCCCAUGUCCCACUACCCUACAGAUGAACAUGCAUGUGUACACACACACUUUAGUUUGGACCCAGGCAAAACUUUAAGCAUUCACAUUUACUAGCUGAUAUUAUGGCAAAGCAGCUAUUAUGUCCAUGUUUGGUUUUGCAAUCAUGACUGGAAGAAAACCUGUUUGUGUUGUUCUAUUAUGAAAUCAUGUAUAUAAAAUGUUUUAUCUAUUACUGCAUUAUUCCUGUGAUAGUACUUCUGCAUGUGUCUAUGCACCCAAAUGAGUUGGAUUUUAAACCUCACUUGGGAUGGGUUGUGUUGUAGAGGGAAUACUAAAACAAGAUGCUAAAAAAAUAAACCACUGCGAGAGGGAGAGAGAGUAAAAUUAUAUUUGAGUGCUUUUACACUGCUGUUAUAUGACAGAGGAAAGCAAGUUUUCUUCCAGGAUAAUCUUGUACACGGCUUGAUUCAUGCUGCCACUUUCCAGCACUCCAAGAUCUUCACAGAUCCUCCACCAAAUUUCACAGUGGUUGUGGUGUGUAGUUCUCUCCAGGUUGCUGUCUAACCAUUAGAUGGAUGACCAGGUGUUAGGGCCAACUAAAAAUUGGAUGAGACCACUUUUCUCUAGGUUUCUACAGUCUAAUCCUUAUAGUCUUUUACAAACCUCAGCAAAAGGUAACAAAGCAACCUUAAUCCAGUUACUUUUAAAUAUUAAUAACACUGUUUUGUCAACCAGAUGGUCAUUUAUACUUUCCGUUGUAACGCAUUAAAUGUUAGUAAAAUUAACUGAUUCAGUUCAAUAUCGCUAUGUGUUUCAUGCAGGAAAUGUGUCAAAUAAACUUGCUGCUUCCCUUAAA